AUGCCUCUUACUCGAUGGCAACUUGUAGCAGAAGUCAAGGGCAUAUAUGAUGUGAUUCUAGAUGUUGAAUCCAGGUGUAUCAAAGCCGAUGUUGAACAAGCUGCCCUUCUGCGUAGACAACCAUCGAGACUCAGUGAUGAGCAGUGGCAAGCUCUCAUGACACUACAUCGUGCCCUGCUUUACGAAUAUCACGAUUUCCUAAUGGCCUCUCAGCAUCCAUCUGCUUCUCCUGCUCUACGUUGGUCGGCCCAAAAAUUUGCUGUGCCUGCUAGAGUGUGGCGUCAUGGUAUUUAUUCGUUCCUCGAGAAUCUUAGAAGUCAAUUGCCAAAAUCACUUGAUCACAUACUUGCAUUUUUAUAUUUGGCCUACUCGGUAAUGGCUGUUUUAUACGAAACAAUCCCAGGUUUUCAAGAUACAUGGAUCGAAUGUCUAGGAGAUAUUGCACGGUACCGUAUGGCCAUUGAGGAUGGUGAUACCGAAGACCGUGGUAUUUGGACUCAGGUUGCAUAUCGAUGGUAUCUUAAAGCUUCAUAUAAACUUCCUGGUGCAGGAAGACUAUAUCAUCAUCUUGGGAUUAUCACACGGGGAAACACUUUGCAUCAGCUUCACUAUUUUACAAAAGCACUUUGCGCUAAGAUACCGUUCAUUCAGGCGCGGGAAUCGAUUCUCACACUCUUUGAUCCAGUUCUGAAUUCAGCGAAUAGUUGUUCUCAAUUCUCACGGUUCGAAACUGUUUUCAUUAUGAUCCAUGGUCACCUUUAUAAAGGUAAUGCGUCUUGGAUCCAUGAGAUGUCCGACCCCGAGACGAAGGAACUUCUCGGUUUAUUGGACAGUCAGAUUGGCAGAUUCACGGCAACGUUCAAAGAACAGGGUUGUUAUAUGGCUAUAUCUAAUGUCGGUGCCGAGCUUGGCUACGGCUUAACAGAAAACCCCAUCAUGAAAGCUAUGAUGACACCUCGUUCGGCAGCAAAUACAGACGCUGCUCAUACAAGAUCUUUUAGGCAUGCUGAGUACUUCAGUAAUUCCGUUCUUGAGAUUGUUUUGCAACGAAUCGGCGAUCCGAACACUCUUCCUUUUAUUUAUAUCACUCUUAUUUUCAUAUUCAAUAUGUCUCGUUAUUCGGAGGCAAUGGAUCUUCUGGCACCUGCAUUUGCUUGGCAGUCUUUGGUGAUCAUGCUCAAUACAUUGUUUAGAUCUGCUGGGUCUAUUGAUCAGAUUGAAGAUAAACAAUUCCCAUUCUCGGGACGGGGUCCUCUUGCAGAAGAUUACGCCCUUAGGGGUCUAGUUUGGUCCAGAGAUGAAACCAUGUAUCCCGAGACGUGGUCUAUGGAUAGAAGCGAUGGAGAUGAGAUAUAUCUUGAUCUCCCGUGCAUGUUAGAGCCUCGCAAAGCUCGCAUUCUGUGGCUCGCUUGUCGCAUUGCUGAGGCUGGACCAUGGAUCCACUUCGAUAACUCCAAGCCAGAGUUCUCGGUAAGUCAAGACACACACAGCUUAGAAUCAUGCCCCGACAUACACAAACCAGUAUCUAUGGAACAGAUAGGCACAUAG